CCCCGCGUUAUCGCUGGUCCGGUCUGGAUUGCUCCCUCAAUGUCACGUUUGUUGUGUGUAAAAUUAUUUAACAUCUGACUGCGAAUGUGUAUAUAACUGUGUGGAACAUGAAUAAAUUUAGCUGUAUAUUGUUUAGUUCAGUGAGUACCGUGUGCCGACAGCUGUCGCUCUCCCUAAACGCAAGUUCGGCGUCUCUAUGUGGAAGCAGAGGGCUGCAGCGGACAGUGUGCAGCACUGCUGUCAGACAUCAGGAGAAAGAAGCUUCAUCCAGCUCAGGGUCUGCGAGGGACUUCAGCUAUUUACCUCCACUGCCUGGUCAGGACACGGCACUGAGAUGGGGUGGAAAGAAGUUUGAGGACUUACCGAUUGUUCACAUUAAAGCCACAUACAACAACACUCACAUCCAGCUAACAGACCACGCGGGGCAGUCCAUGGUGAGGACGUCCUGCGGCACAGAAGGUUUCAAAAAUGUCAGGAAGUCGACACCGAUCGCUGCUCAGACUGCGGCCAUCUCUGCUGCCGCGAAAGCUGCAGCGAAGGGAGUCACCUUUGUUCGUGUUGUGGUCAAAGGUCUUGGUCCCGGGCGUUUGUCUGCAAUCAAAGGCCUGACAAUGGGAGGCCUUGAGGUGGUAUCUAUCACUGACAACACCCCCGUGCCACACAAUGGAUGCCGCCCACGCAAAGCCAGAAGGAUCUGAUCUUUGUGUGCCAGAAUGCACUGCGACAGGAGGAAGCUUUUGUGUUGUAUUAUGCUAAUAAAGAGUUUUGAUGUGUA